AAAGCCAUUCGCGCCGCGCCAGGCUCAUGGACUUGUAGUGUGCAGACAUGUCGGAGAAGUGUCGUGAAGAUUCUCAAUUUUCUACGCCAAAACGGCGUCAGAACGGGGCCUUUUCAGGAAUGUCGUUUUCUGGAAGCCCCCCCAUGACGGAUAAUACGUUAUACCCGUGGAACUGGGGAGAAAAUGCGUGCAAAGUGGAGUUAAGUAGCCCGUGCUGCAGCGGAGGGAGUAACCCGUGCGAGAGCCCGGACCUGAAGAGCUGCGACUCGAAGCGAGGGCGGCCGAGGGCGGACGCCAUCAACACCCUCAUCAUCGAGGGCGCCCAGUCGCCCAGCAGCAUCAAGUGCCCGAUCUGCAACCGAGUUUUCCCCCGGGAGAAGUCCCUGCAAGCUCAUCUGCGAACUCACACAGGAGAACGUCCCUACCAGUGUGACUAUCCAGGAUGUACUAAAGCCUUUACCCAGAGUGGACAGCUGAAGACUCACCAACGCCUCCACACAGGAGAAAAACCCUUCAUCUGCUCAGCACCAGGAUGUACAUCCCGUUUCACCCACGCCAAUCGCCAUUGCGCGGAGCAUCCUUAUGCAACCCUUAAUAGGACUCCUGACUUGAACUUCAAUCCUCAGCUUCCAUCUGCAGAAUGUACUGAUGAUAUUCUACGAUGGCUGGAGAAGUAUCGCAGUGAGCGUAUGGAACGAACACCAGCCAAGUCGCGCAAGAACAAGCGAGAGUUUGAAGGAACCCCCGAGACGCCCCAGACCCCAUGCACUCCUUCGUCUGAUUCUGACAUCAUGUCCCCACCACCCGUCAAAAGAACAAAAUCACGUAGGGGGCUGGGACCGUUAAUGGAACAGCAACAGAAUCACCUUGACCAUCGCCCCGGUACCAUUUUCCAAGGACACAACCGCACAGAUGAGAAUGCCUACAUACCGUCUGGGGAUAGUUAUGGGGUGACGAGAACAAGUACGGUGAUUACCAGAGACCACCGCGACCAGUGCCAGCAUCGCCAGCCCAUGCCCGGGUUCUCAGAAACACAGAAAAUCUACAAAGCCCCCUGAAGACUAGCAAUACCUACCGCGGC